CCCGCGUCCUUCCCUGACACUCCUCCUACGCCCCGUCCCAGAGCCCCCCCCAACUCCGUCCUCUUCCUGGAACCCCCCUUCACCCCUGUCCAGAGCCUCGGCACCCCCCACGUCCCUGCUAGAGCCCCACCAGUGCUGGGGCCAUGGCGGCCGUGCGCACUGCGCCCCUGCUCGGCUGUCUCCUGGCGCUGCUGGCUCUGUGCCCCGGGGGGCGCCCACAGACUGUGUUGACUGACGACGAGAUCGAGGAGUUCCUCGAAGGCUUCCUGUCCGAGCUGGAGCCCGAGCCCGAGGAGGACGACGUGGAGGCCCUGCCGCCUCCCGAGCCCACCCGACGUGCUCGCAAAACCCAGGCAGGGAGCAAGCCGGGGACGGCCGAAGCACCUCCAGAAAAGGCCAAAGACAAAGGGAAGAAAGGGAAGAAGGACAAAGACCCCAAGGCAACCAAACAGCCCCUGGAGGGGUCCCCCAGGCCACCCAAGAAGGGGAAGGAGAAGCCACCCAAAGCCACCAAAAAGCCCAAAGAGAAGCCCCCCAAGGCCACCAAGAAACCCAAGGAAAAGCCCCCCAAGGCCACCAAAAAGCCCAAGGAGAAGCCACCUAAAGCCACGAAGAGGCCCCUGGCAGGGAAGAAGCACUCCACUCCAGUCCCCUUAGAAACCCCAGAGUGGCCACUGCUCCCGCCCCCCAACUCUGGUUCUGAGGAGCCACCCCAGGAAGGAGGGGGUGCCCUUCCAAAUACCUGGCAGGGUCAAGGAGAGGAGACAUAUGUGGAGGCCGGGGAGCACCAGCCUGAGCCAGAGGAAGAGACAGAGGGGCCCACCCUGGACUACAACGACCAGAUAGAGAGGGAGGACUAUGAGGACUUUGAGUACAUCCGGCGCCAAAAGCAGCCCAGGCCUCCGCCCAGCAGGAGGAGGUUCUGGCCAGAGCGCCCCGAGGAGAAGACUGAGAAGCCAGAGGAGAAAGAGAUCAAGACACCUCUGAAGCCUCUGCUGCCUCCUGACUAUGGGGAUGGCUACGUGAUCCCCAACUAUGAAGACAUGGACUAUUACUUCCCACCACCUCCACCACAGAAGCCUGGCCCUGAACAGGAGACAGAUGAAGAGAAGGAGGAACUGAAGAAACCCAAAAAGGAGGGCAAUAGCCCCAAAGAGGAGACGGAGGACAAGUGGGCUGUGGAGAAGGGCAAGGACCCCAAAGGGCCCCAGAAGGGCAAGGAGCUGGAGGAGGAGUGGGCUCCGGUGGAGAAAGUCAAGUGCCCGCCUAUCGGGAUGGAGUCACACCGCAUAGAGGACAACCAGAUCCGUGCCUCCUCCAUGCUGCGCCACGGCCUGGGAGCACAGCGUGGCCGGCUCAACAUGCAGGCUGGUGCCAACGAGGAUGACUACUAUGAUGGUGCCUGGUGUGCUGAGGAUGAUUCACAGACCCAGUGGAUCGAGGUGGACACCAGGAGGACGACCCAGUUCACAGGUGUCAUCACCCAGGGCCGAGACUCCAGCAUCCAUGACGACUUUGUGACCACCUUCUUCAUUGGCUUCAGCAAUGACAGCCAGACAUGGGUGAUGUACACCAAUGGCUAUGAGGAAAUGACCUUCCACGGGAAUGUGGACAAGGACACACCUGUGCUGAGUGAGCUCCCGGAGCCAGUGGUGGCCCGCUUCAUCCGCAUAUACCCACUCACCUGGAACGGCAGCCUGUGCAUGCGUCUGGAGGUGCUGGGCUGCCCAGUGACCCCUGUCCACAGCUACUAUGCACAGAAUGAAGUGGUGGCCACUGAUGACCUGGACUUCCGGCACCACAGCUACAAGGACAUGCGCCAGCUGAUGAAGGUGGUGAACGAGGAGUGCCCCACCAUCACCCGCACAUACAGCCUGGGCAAAAGCUCUAGGGGGCUCAAGAUCUACGCCAUGGAGAUCUCAGACAACCCUGGGGAGCACGAGUUGGGGGAGCCUGAGUUCCGCUACACAGCUGGGAUCCAUGGCAACGAGGUUCUAGGCCGAGAGCUACUGCUGCUGCUCAUGCAGUACCUGUGUCGCGAGUACCGUGACGGGAACCCGCGUGUGCGCAGCCUGGUGCAGGACACCCGCAUCCACCUGGUGCCCUCGCUGAACCCCGAUGGCUAUGAAGUGGCAGCACAGAUGGGCUCAGAGUUUGGGAACUGGGCCCUGGGGCUGUGGACCGAGGAGGGCUUUGACAUCUUUGAGGACUUUCCGGAUCUCAACUCUGUGCUCUGGGGAGCUGAGGAGAGGAAAUGGGUCCCUUACCGGGUCCCCAACAAUAACCUGCCCAUUCCUGAACGCUACCUGUCCCCAGAUGCCACGGUGUCCACAGAGGUGCGGGCCAUCAUCGCCUGGAUGGAGAAGAACCCCUUUGUGCUGGGAGCAAAUCUGAAUGGUGGUGAGAGACUCGUGUCGUACCCCUACGACAUGGCCCGCACACCCAGCCAGGAGCAGCUGUUGGCUGCAGCCAUGGCAGCUGCCCGAGGAGAGGACGACGAGGAAGCAUCUGAGGCUCAGGAGACCCCAGACCAUGCCAUCUUCCGCUGGCUAGCCAUCUCCUUCGCCUCCGCCCACCUCACCAUGACCGAGCCGUACCGGGGAGGGUGCCAGGCCCAAGACUACACCAGCGGCAUGGGCAUUGUCAAUGGGGCCAAGUGGAACCCCCGAUCAGGGACUAUCAAUGACUUCAGUUACCUGCACACCAACUGCCUGGAGCUGUCUAUCUACCUGGGCUGUGACAAGUUCCCCCAUGAGAGCGAGCUGCCCCGGGAAUGGGAGAACAACAAGGAGGCACUGCUUACCUUCAUGGAGCAGGUGCACCGUGGCAUCAAGGGUGUGGUGACAGACGAGCAAGGCAUCCCCAUUGCCAAUGCCACCAUCUCCGUGAAUGGUAUCAACCAUGGCGUGAAGACAGCAAGUGGUGGCGAUUACUGGCGCAUCCUGAACCCAGGUGAGUACCGCGUGACAGCCCACGCUGAGGGCUACACCUCCAGUGCCAAGACCUGCAAUGUGGACUAUGACAUUGGGGCCACCCAGUGCAACUUCAUCUUGGCUCGCUCCAACUGGAAGCGCAUCCGGGAGAUUCUGGCCAUGAAUGGAAACCGGCCCAUCCUGCGCGUGGACCCUUCGCGCCCCAUGACGCCCCAGCAGCGGCGCCUGCAGCAGCGGCGCCUGCAGCAACGGCUAAGGCUACGCGAGCAGCAGCGGCUGAGGCGCCUCAAUGCCACAGUGGGCUCUACGACAAGUCCCUCCCCUGCCCUCACCUCACCCCCCACCUCUGCCCCCACUCCAAGCACCACCUCGGAGCCCUGGGGCCUUGUGCCCACAACCAUCACAGGCUGGGAGGAAUCGGAGACCGAGACCUACACAGAGAUUGUGACAGAGUUUGUGACAGAGUUUGGGACUGAGAUGGAGCCCGAGGAGGAGGAGGAAGUGGAGGAGGAGGACGAAAUGGCCACUGGCCCCACGUUCCCCUUCACGACAGUGGAGACCUACACGGUGAACUUUGGGGACUUCUGAGACCAGAAUUCCACCAUUGCCCUGGCCCAGCUCAGCUCAGCAGCAUUUCCCAGGCUUGUACCCACAGUCACACAGCCGUUGCCGCAAAGAAGGUCCCCUGGGGUGAGCCCUCCAGAUGGCAUGAAGGCAACCAGGACUCAAGAGCAGAGUCAGCAGAGGCUCCUGUUCUGUCUGCCAGCCUUCAGAGAGGGGGCAGGUGAGGAAGCCAAGGCCACACCAAUAAAACAAGCUCAUGGCACUGGCCACUGCUGUUCUGAUGGGCUCAGGGGAGGAGGCAGACCUUGAUGGGGUCCCAUCCCAAGUAUGAGCAGGAGCUCGAGGC